AUGAAACAGCUAGGACGAACAGGUCGUUCCAACCUGGCGGCUUGGCGAAGUGACGCCGCAGAGCGGAUCUCCGCCUUCGAAUUCGCAACUCGCGCGUGCGAUGUCGUCUUCGGGGACGCGUUCCCUUUGCCACGAGUCCCGCGACCAUCGAUUCGGGACCGGGAAAACCCAAUGGAGCGCUACAACGACGGGCAGUUCCUGGCGCGGUACCGCUUUACGAAGGGCACCGUGCGAGAGCUGCUCGGGAUGCUGCCGCUACAAACGAGCACCGACUGCAGGGGGCUUCCGCUGACCCCCAUGCUGCAACUGCUGGUCACGCUGCGGUUUUAUGGUGCCGGGACCUUCCAGGUUGUGACUGGGGACCUCGUGAACGUGUCCCAACCAACAGUGUGCCGCGCGGUCGGAGUAGUUACGCAGCUGAUCGCGAGGCACCUGUUCCGGGACCUCGUUCACUUCCCCAGUGCCGCCGAAUUCAACACGGUGAUGCUGGAUUUCUUCGCACUUGCGAAAUUCCCCGCCGUCACCGGGUGCAUCGACUGCACCCACGUGCGAAUCAAGAGCCCCGGCGGCGACGACGCGGAGGUGUUCCGCAACCGCAAGGGAGUUUUCUCCAUCAACGUCCAGGUAACGAUCGUGCAAAGUUCUCCGCGGUUUACCGAAUUGAGUUUAAAAGCUUUUAACAUCAGGUUAGAGCAACGCUUGCGCGAUCGCGAGAUGUCAUUCACUGAAGUAUGCGCUCAUGUUCGACUGCAUGAAAUUUGGAUACUCUGCCCCAAGCAUUACACAUGUAUAACUUGGAACUUUCUUGGUCGAAGCCCUCUCGCUGUCACCGGCCCCCAGCUGCAAUUUUAUGACGUGGUUGUGAGCUGGCCUGGGUCGGUGCACGACAGCCGGAUUUUCGAUAACUCCCGUGCCCGGGUGCUGUACGAGGAACGCCGGGUGCCAGGGGUGCUGCUUGGGGACAUGGGCUACGCCUGCUUCUUCUUCCUGAUGACCCCCCUGGCAGAUCCCGGUCCAGCCAACACGCCACGAGGCAGGUACCAGAAGGCCCAUAUCAAGACGAGGAAUUCUGUGGAAAGGGCCUUUGGCAUCUGGAAGCGGCGCUUCCCCUGUCUUGAUAUGAGGCUGCAACACAAGCCACGUCGGGCCGUACAGAUCAUCACAGCCGGCGCUGCACUACACAACCUGGCCUGCCUGAGGAAGGACCCACAGCCUCCACCUCCCCCAGCUCCACCAGUUGUGCCUAGGGCACGCAGACCCAGGAGGAGGGCCACGCGGCCAGUCCACCUGCCACCCGUGGACAUCGUGGAGGACUCCCUCACAGGCAUACAGACACGGGAGCGAAUAAUUGAACGAAGCUUCAAGUAGAAGCUUCUUUCGAAGAAGCUCCCUUCAGCAAUGACUGAUCGAGCUUUGCCUUAAAGGGGCGGUGGAACAAUAUGCAGUUAGAAUGUUUUUCGCUUUACACAAGCUUACUGGCACUAGAGGAACCCAAGUAUACUUGAAUGCAAUGCCGCUGACCGAGAAACAUUUUUCGUUGCAGUGUAAUUUCACAGGUAAAGGCAAGCGUUUUCUUUCAAUCACUCUUUCACAAAACUCCACAAAAGCUCAGGGGUCGCAUUGUCGGUGUAGUCCCACCUCCCAGUGACAAUAUUUGAAUGCGGCUCGCAGAUUGGACCCUGUAGUAUUGUGUGAGCACUCGAUUUGGGCAUGUGUUGACAAUCGUUCAGGUAGUGGCUCGUGUCCAAGUGCUACAACGACGACAAUAGCCAAACCAACAAUGUUAGCAAUUCGGCGCGUGUCCUGUGCUAUGGUGAACGUUGGUGGCAUAUAAUCGUCUCCAGAUCACUUGGCCACUUUUUCUGGCUGCAAGUUAAAGGGGGAAAUGCUGCCAUUUAUUUCAUUUUUGUCUUCGGCAUUUUUUAUUGCACGGGUUUAAAAACACAAGCAUGUUUCAUAGCUCAUAAACUUUGGGGAUUUGUUUUAACCAGUAUCUGCAUCAAGCACGAAAAUCAUUCCAUUGCCCCUUUAAAGCUUUUGUCGUGAAAGUGGCUUUUUUUCAUUGUACUGGAGUAAAUAGCACGGCGUCCAAUGAAACUGUCCUAAAAGCAUCGUCUGCAGGUAUGUUUAUAUGUAAAUGAGUAUUUUUUAGUGUAUUUCGUAAAUGCCUUUAAUGUUUUCUUUAUUCCUGUUUCUUCACC